AUGCAUGGGAUGGAUGUCGUGAACAAACCACCUGAUAUUGGAAAUGAUCAAUCUUCUUCUACUUCAUUAUCAACAGUUCAACGAGAAUUAAGUGAUGAUUUACCAUCACUUGAAACUGUUCGUCACAUGAUUAAAUAUGAAACAUCUUUACGUUUAUCUGAAUCUGUUCAAGAAUUGCUUGAUUUAUAUCAUAAAGAUGAUAAUGCUAUAACAGUGAUACUUGAUUCAAUUCAACAACAUGUUGUUGAACAUUUUGGAUAUAGUCAUGUCAAUGUAUUACGAUCAGCUCUAUCACGUUUUCCAGAUGAUCAAGUGAUUAAAGAAGCUUUUUAUAUUAAACAUAAUAAAAUUACUCAAGGUCUUGUCAAUCAAGGAGAGUGUGCAAGAGAUGUGAAACUGUUUACUUUGGAUGGACAACCUACAACACUUUUCUCACAAAUAAUUUCCGAUCAGCCACUUAUUCUUUUGGCUGGUUCAACUACUUGA